AGGUUGUUGUUUAUAUAAACGGGGAGAAGCGGCGCCGUCAACGUCAACGGUGUGGUCUCAGUCCAAAGUCCGAAAAAAUACUCAGCAAUGAUUUUGAAGGUGGUCUUCCUUCUUCUUGGGGUAGUUUGCGCCGUCGUCCUCGGUCGCCUCGUCGGGGGAUUAAGCGAUGCGGACCCCAACAGCGAAGACGUGCAGAAUGCCCUCAACUUCGCCAUUGUCCAACAUAACAGCGCCUCGAACGACAUGUUCCUCAGCCAAAAGACAGAAGUGGUCAAGGUUAAAAAGCAGUUGGUCUCCGGCACCCGAUAUGUCAUUACUGUGAACAUGGCGAAGACUUCGUGCAGGAAGGACGGUUCAGAUGAACACUGCGACAUCCUUCAAGACCCAGUCUUGGCUCGGCCUUACCAGUGCACCUUCACAGUGUGGAGCCGCCCAUGGCUGACCGACCUCCAGCUGCUGGAGCAGAAGUGUUAGAAAAUGAGCCAUGUAGUAAAAACAUCAGUAUAGCCUACAGUAUUACCUUCAAACACAUCAUUAUUGUUCCCUGUUAUUGGGCCACUUCUGUAUUGAACUGUAUACAGGGCAAGAAAUAACUACUGUUGCAGUAGUUUUUCACAUUUCAGAAUAGAUUCACAAUUGUAUGUAGGGUUGUAUUCUUUCUUUUUCUUAUUUCUUUUUUUAAUCUUUUUAGUGAAACAAGCUAACUACAAGUAGAUGUGAACUCUGUUGCUAAUUAGUCUUUUAUGUGUUUCAACAUGAAAUUAAAGUACUUAACUUUUAACAAA